AAAGCUAUUCUUCCAGAUUUUUUGAGGUUAUCAACAUAACUCUUUCACAAGAGAAUAACUUAAAUUCCUUUUUAUUUAAUUCUCGUGGUGUGAUUUUAAUUCUCUUCACUACGUUUAGGUACAUUAGUGAAUAUGAGCUCAUUAAAGCUUCAAAAACGUCUAGCCGCUUCGGUUAUGCGAUGCGGUAAGAAAAAAGUUUGGUUAGAUCCUAAUGAAAUCAAUGAAAUUGCUAAUACAAACUCAAGGCAAAAUAUUCGUAAAUUAAUCAAAGAUGGUUUAAUUAUUAAGAAACCAGUAGCUGUACAUUCUAGAGCCCGGGCACGUAAAAAUGCUGAAGCCAGGAGAAAAGGUCGUCAUUGUGGUUUUGGUAAAAGAAAGGGAACAGCUAAUGCCAGAACACCUCAAAAAGAUCUUUGGGUAAAAAGAAUGAGAGUAUUAAGAAGAUUACUAAAGAAAUAUCGUGAGGCUAAGAAAAUUGACAAUCAUCUAUAUCAUCAAUUAUACAUGAAAGCAAAGGGUAAUGUUUUCAAAAAUAAGCGUGUGUUAAUGGAAUUCAUUCACAAAAAGAAAGCAGAAAAAGCUCGUGCUAAAAUGUUAAGUGAUCAAGCUGAAGCCAGACGUCAAAAGACUAAGGAAGCAAGAAAACGUAAAGAAUUAAGAUUCUUACAAAAUAGGCAAGAAUUAUUAGCUGCAUAUGCACGUGAAGAUGAGAAAGCUGCUGCAGCCAAGAAAUAAAUUGUAUAAAUUGUUUUUAUUUUCUAAUAUAAUUCUGACCUAUUUGGAAA